AUGACCUCAGAAAUCGUUUCACUAAUUAAUCCAGGUGUUGGUCCAUUACCAACCAAAGCUCCACAAUUACCAUCCAACGUCCUUGAUUUAUUCUCCUUAAAAGGAAAAGUAGCCACCGUCACCGGUGGAUCUCAAGGUAUAGGAUAUGCCGUUGCAGAAGCUUUCGCCCAAGCAGGUGCAGAUGUUGCCAUUUGGUAUAAUUCAACUCCGGCCGAUAAACUCGCUCAUGAACUUGCUGAAAAAUAUGGAAUCCGUUGUCGUGCUUAUAAAUGUGAUAUUGGAAUUGCUAAAGAAGUUCAACAAGUCAUUGAACAAAUCGAAGUUGACUUCGGGACGAUUGAUAUCUUUGUGGCUAAUGCCGGUAUCACCUGGCCCCAUGGUCCAAUCAUCGAUGCUGAUCAGGAUUAUGAGGAAUGGCAUAAAUUGAUUAAUGUCGAUUAUAGUGGGGUUUAUUAUUGUGCCAAAAAUGUAGGAAAAAUCUUCAAGAAAAAUGACAGGGGAUCGAUGAUUAUUACGUCAUCAAUCUCAGCUCAGAUUGUUAAUAUUCCACAAUCGCAAUCUCCAUAUAAUGCGGCAAAAGCGGCAGUUAAACAUUUAGCCAAAUCAUUAGCGGUUGAAUGGGCUCCAUUUGCAAGAGUAAAUACCAUUUCUCCGGGCUAUAUGGUGACCAAGAUAACUGAUUUUGUUGAUAUUGAAACCAGACAAAAAUGGUGGCAAUUUACUCCAUUGGGGAGAGAAGGGAUUCCGCAAGAGUUGGUGGGGGCAUAUUUGUAUUUGGCUUCUAAUGCUUCUACAUAUACUACUGGAACUGAUUUAGUUGUUGAUGGAGGAUAUACUUGUCCAUAG